AUGUGGAGCUUUACUAGAAACCUACAUGUGAGCUCUAUGAGGGCUAAAGGCGUAGCAAAGUUCAUCGACACUUCGAAAAACAUACCGCAAUUACGCAGCACUCCUACCAUUUACAAUUCAAAGAGUUCAGCUUCGAAUCCCAAAGGUUACAUGAAAGCAAAGAUUCCAGGAGGCCUGUACUUUCAACCAGCACAGUCCUCACCAACUGGUUCGAUAAACAGCGAAACGUACCCGGCAUCUUUCUUGCCUGCAAGUGACUCUCGUCGCAGUCUUAUUGAGGAGCUUAGAGCUGAGGAUAGGCUGAAAGGUGACCAUGCGCCACCAGUACUGACAAGUAAAAGCACUAUGGGGGACAAGACAUAUCAUUUGAAACCUGCCGAUGUGGCCGAGAUACAAAGAUUGAGAAGCGAGAAUCCGGAGGUCUACACACGUAAGGCUCUAGCGCAGCAGUUCAAGGUGUCACCGCUAUUCAUUUCGCUGGUUUCCGAUGCCCCCACACAGAGGAAACAAGAGAUGGCUUCCAGAUUAGACCAAAUAAAAUCACAGUGGCAUGAAAAGAGACGUGCAGCCAGAAGCGACAGGAUAAAGCGCAAGCAGUACUGGUAUAGACCAUAG